AUGAAUUCUAAGUAUGCUGGUGGCACUGUUUUAGCUCACUUCUUAACGGAUGAAACUGGGCCGCACUGUGGAGAUUUUACAUUUAACGAACAAGACUUGUUAUUGCUAUGUAGUCGAGAGGUGAAUCUGAACGAUCAACCGGCCCAAGUAGUGGUCAGUCACCCGAAAAUCCCUGGCCUAUCAUGGAUCGUUUUCUUCUACCAAACAGCCCCAAAUCAGUAUCAGCCAAGGGUUGCUUUCGAUUUCCCGAGCUACUUGCGUGCAGAUUGUGAACACAAAUUUGAGGGUAGCUCUUGGCUUACCUCAACUUUACCUCCAAAAGCAAUGAACGAACGUUGGGUCAGUUUGGGUACAGUCAAAAAAGUGGAAAUACGAAUAAACAUUACCAAAAUUUGGUUCAAGUUUCCAGUGUUUACUGCAUGCUGCCACCCAUUGAAAACGAAGCGUUUCGUACGUCAGCCUGAUUUUACCAUGCCGGAUCACUUUUCCGAUGUGCAAAUAUUACCCCAGGAUCCAAAUAAUCGACGGCUUUUCGCACACCGGCAGGUAUUGGCCAUGAAUUCACCUUGGUUUGCCGAACGUUUUCGCACCGCUGCUCAGUUGAAUAGCGGUGAUAUCGGUCAACUCAUCUCCAUUCCCUUUGACUACGAUGUAGUGCUUAACUUUCUACAUGCGGUCUAUCCCAACGGGGAUUUUGAGAUAACCGCCGAGAAUGUCGAGGGCUUGAUGGACAUGGCGAAGGAAUAUCAAAUGCCUAAUUUGAUACGCAAAUGUGAGAAGUGGAUGUAUAAAUUUCUAGAAGGUGGUUCAGCUGUAUUGUGUUACUAUUUGGCUCGUAAACAUGAAUUACCGCAAGUGCAGGAAGCUGCUUUGCUCCAUUUAGCCGAGCUGAACUCGUCCCAGCUUCGUGCUCGCCUGAAUCUCGAUAUGAAAGGCAAAUCACCUGAUACACAUGAGAUACUUUUGAGCGAUCUGUGCCUUCGUCUGGCCGGCUCAUAA